AAGUCACUCAGUUGUGUCCAACUCUUCGCGACCCCAUGGACUGCAGCCCACCAGGCUCCUCGGUCCAUGGGAUUCUCCAGGCAAGAGUACUGGAGUGGGGUGCCAUUGCCUUCUCCAACCCUCCCAUGGGUAGCUUCAAAUCAAGGCUGGGGAUUAAAGCUCCAGGCAAGCACACAGCAGGUACGUGGGCCUGUGAGUGCCCUGCUUAUUGAGGCAGCACCAGGACUAGGAAGCGGAGAGGCCUGCAGGUGUCUUUUGUGUCCCUGCCACUUCACACAUGGCACGUAUGUCAGGGCCACACUGGAGGCCAUGACCUUGAACGUACUUCAGUUGUGAUGUCCACUUCAGGAUCUACCAGACCUGCCUCUCCCUAGACAACAUCCAUCAGAGGUGGAGGCUGCAGCUGGCCCCCGUGUACCACCUGAGCUGCAGGUACCACCUCUCUGGCACCUGCGGAGAGGCUGUGCUCACAGGGAGGCACCUGGAGCAGGCUUGAGCAUCACCUGCCCACUGGGCAGAUGCCCAUCCUCACGAUGCCAGGUGGUACUCUGUAUCACACUUUGAACACAACCCUUAAAGAUGUUCAAGGAUCCUAGCCUCCCUGCACAUCACACCGUUGUCUUCUGCAGUUCAUAGACCAGGCCCUUCCUUCCACGCCUGGGAAGUGGAGGAGUGUGGGUGGAAACCCAGCCCUCCCUGCUCAGGCUUGUUCAGCCCAUGGUCUAGCCUGGAAAAAAGAUCCAGGGAGCCUUGCCUCAGUCCUGCUGGUAUAACUCCCUCCUCACCCGAUGGCACCACGUUUAAUAGGGGCUACAAUCACCCUCUUCCUCUUCCAAACCCUCAGCUCCCCUACUUCAGGUAAACGACCUGCCCCAACAGUUAUAUGGUAAGGUCCUCUAAGACCCCCACCCAUGUGUCUCACAGAGUGUGCACUGACCAGUGCCAUCACCUCCAACAUGAGCGGGUGGUCCUUGGAAGGAUCAGAAGUGGGGUGUCAAAACGUCUGAAUUCCAGCCCCAUUUCAAACGUCUGGGGAUGCGAGGGGCAAAGGGCACCUCCCUCAGUGCAAUGAGUCUACAUAAUCAGAACUUCCAGCUGGCCUGGCCAGCCUUCCUUUUGAACAGUGAUGGUGGGGAGGGGCCGAGGGCACUAGUGCGGCCAGAGGGAAGGGCCCCUGAGAGAGGGUCUCUAACCCCCUUCAGUGACACUUGAUUGGGACCCUGGUGGGUAUGGUCCGCGCCAGACCAACGCAGAAGUGAACUCCCCCGAAGACACCUGCUAUCGGCCCUAACUCCGCAGAGAAACUAAACCUCUAGUUCCUCUGAAAUGAGCAUGGCCCAAAGCUCAGUCGCCCUGGCUCCCAGAAUUACUUGGGAAGAAAGAGAACAGACCCAUUCAUGGGUGGGAAGGGGGGCGGGGACCCGGGUGCCUAGAGCCGGAGUGGGGAGCGGCGGGCGCCGCUGUAAGGGUGGCCCGGCUCAGCGGUCCGCCCACCCCCCAGGACCCACCAGCGUGUUCACCACAGACGUGGCUCCCCGCACACGCGCCUCCCCUCGCUGCCUUCUUGGCAAUCAGCUCAGAUCACUCCCCGGCUCCUGCGAAAGCCCAGCCCCCACGGUGUCGGGUGGGGUGAGGCAGAGGCCGCCUCUCCUGGACUUCCCGACUCAAACUCCACUCCCACCGCCGGGGUGCGCGAGGGUUAACCUCGCGGGGGUGGGGACUUAGGCGCGAUCCCUGUUAGGAGGGAGGGGAGAAGAGGGGAGGCCGUCGGAGCCCUGGGUAUCUCAGGCCACCGGGCGCCUCUGGGGCACAUGCUGCGCGCAGCGAGGGGCCAAACGAAGUCGGGAGCAGGAGAGAGACGCGGAGUAUCCAGACCGGUCAGGACGCCGCCCCCGUCCCCGGGGACCACUCUUUCUACCCCGCCUCUGCCAGUCCCUUCCCAGCCGUCCCAGCCCCUUGCUUCGGCCACCUGGUUGCUUUGGGCAAGAAUGAAGCCCGGAGACCCCACGACGACCCCGGAGGCCCAGUCGGCCGCCGUGGCUCUGGGUCCGCCGCGGCCCUGGGUCUGCCCGGCUGACGUGCGGCUUUGCGGCCACCUGCGGAAGCAGAAGUCCCAGCGCCGCCGCUUUUUUGUGCUCCGCGCCGACCCGCCGCGCCUCGAGUGUUACGAAAGCGAGAAGAAGUUCCGUGCCGGCCGAACGCCGCCCAAGUUCAGCGUGAGCCUGGGGGGCGCCUGCACCAUCAGCAAGCGCAUGGACGCGCGCCAGCGCCACCUGAUCGUCCUGUACACGCGCGACCGCAGCCUGGACGUGGCGGCGGCCAGCGAGGCGGAGCAGCAGGCGUGGUACAGCGCCCUGCUCGAGGCGCGCGCCACCGCCGGUCCCAGUUCCCACGAGGACCCCGGGGCCUGGAUCCUCGCUCCAUUUCAGGACGUCUGGCCUGUGACGCUGCGACCCAAGGGGCUGGGGCGGGCACGAGGCCUGGGCAGCGGCGGCUACUGCCUGUGCCUGGGUUCCGGGGUACUGAGUCUGCUGCGGAAGCCAGGGGGCAGAGGCUCCGGGGCCACCGGGGCAUCUCCGCCGCCGGCCCUGCGCCUGUCCCUGCUCAGCGUGCGCCGGUGCGGCCACGCAGACUCUUUCUUCUUCCUGGAGCUCGGCCGCUCGGCACCCACGGGUCCCGGGGAGCUGUGGCUACAGGCGCCCGACGCCGUGGUGGCCCAAAGUAUUCACGAGACCGUCCUGGCCGCCAUGAAGCGAAUCGGGGACAGUGGUGCUGUUGGCAGGGCUGAGCCACUGCCAAGAAAGGCCCCAACGGGAGCUUUCAGACCCUCUGUCCCCCAAUCUUAUGAGACCCCAGACUCCGCGGCCCAAACAAGCGAGCUGAACCGUCGGAAUGGCCCGAGUAAGACCAGCGAGCAAGCAACCCUCAAGACCCUGGCGAGGCUGAGGGAGGUAGUCUCCAACCCCGCGAGGUUGGAGCAGGGCGGGGGCUACAUAACAAUGGGAGCCGGGAGUGACUACGAGCCCAUGAAGGGUGGCCAAGCCGGCGGCUACGUUGUGAUGGCGCCGCCGGGCCUUCCCGCUUCCACCAAAGCAGCUUCCCGCCAGCCGCUCCAGGAUGGAGGGGUCACUGAAUACGUGACCAUGAGCUGCUGUGCACCACGGUCAUUUUCCUCAAGUUUCUUGCCUCUUUCCUCCGGGGCCGGGGAGCCUGGACCCGGGCUCCAAGGCGUUCAUCUCGGCAUCCGAGACGGCUGGGGACGGGCUGGGGCUCAGCCCUGCUUGCAGCCGCCAUCAGAGUUAGCCGGGGAGUACGUAUGCAUUGAGUAUGCGGCCGCGGACUACAUAGGAAUGGGCACUGCCAUCCCCGAGCCCCCGGACCAAGGCCUCAACUACGUAGACCUGGAUCUGGUCCCUCCCCUGGAGGUGCGAGGCCACGCCCCUGGGGCCAGGUCCCGCCCACAUAGCUACGCUCGGCUGGAGUUCCAGAACCUCGCGGAGGCCGGGGUGAGAAGACACCCCACCCCGACCGAUCUCCCUGCCAACUCCCACCCGCGCCUCCCCUCGACAGGACACCACUCAGUAUAGCUGUGACAGACGGGAGUGUAGGGAGGAAAAAAAGUGCAGGUUAAGAAUGCCUUCCCGCCCACCGCUUCUCAACCCCAAAGGCCCCUUCCCCAUGGCGGAGUGGCUCUAAAGUCCAGAUGUACCCAGGACGUGUGACCAGCAGAAGCACCGAGCUGCCCCCUAGGACCCGCUGCCCACUCCACUCCUUCCAAUCUUUGGGAGGAGGUUCCCCAAGAAAUUGGAUUCUUUUAAGGGAGAAAAUUCUAGAACUCUUCUCCCCUUAAAAAACACCACCACCACCAGAACCCUACACAUUUCUAGACCUCCUGAGCCAAAGCCCUGAUCCUGUUACCCACAGAGUUCCUGCAGCAUCACUCCAGACUCUCAAGUCCGCUUUGGCCCCCCACCCUGCCCCUGAUGACGACAACAUCGAUGAUGCAGAAGACAUACAGACCUGGCCCUCCCCCCACCCACGUGCAGGUUUGCCAGGUGUCUGCCAAAGUCCUGGGACCCCAGCGCAAGAGGGAUGAGAGCACCAGGUAUCUUACACUAGUGCCCCCACCGCCCUCUCCCCCGCCCUGGCCGAAGUGAUGACACCCCCUCCCUCCCUACUCCCUAGUUUGCUUCUCCCAAUGCCAGCUCUGUGCUCAGACAAUCCUCCUCCCAGGCCUGGCAAAGCUGAGGGAGUCCUUGCUUCUAAUAUAUUCAGUCUAGUCUAGAGUAAUAUACUGUACACUGCCCCUCUUCAUUAAAGAUUCCCUGCUUGGUCAGCCUGGAAAGGUCUUAGG